GCUGCGCGCCGGGGCAGGAGCCGAGCAGGUGGCCGCGGGCAGCGCCGCGGCAUGUGAGCGGCCCCCGGCCCUCGGGAAGCCAGCACCGGCCCCCGUCCUGCGCUGCCCUCCCCUCCCCGCGCCUCGCCGCGCCGGCCGCGACGCCGGGGCGGAGACAGGGCGCCCGCAGCGGCAGCCCGGCGGCGGCCGGGGGCUGAGCGCCGCGCCCCGCCGGGGGGCGGCCGUGGCGGAGGGCGGAGGGGAAGAGGAGGAGGAGGAGGAGGAGGAAGGCUGCGCGGGGCCGGAGGGACGCGGGAGCCCCCCGGCCGCACAGGAUGAAAGUCACGGUGUGCUUCGGUAGGACGCGGGUGGUCGUGCCCUGCGGGGACGGGAACAUGAAAGUUUUCAGCUUGAUCCAGCAAGCGGUGACCCGGUACAAGAAGGCGAUCGCCAAGGAUCCAAACUACUGGAUACAAGUCCAUCGACUGGAGCACGGGGAUGGUGGGAUCUUGGAUCUCGAUGACAUUCUUUGUGAUGUAGCUGAUGACAAAGACCGUCUCGUGGCUGUGUUUGAUGAGCAAGAUCCACACCAUGGGGGUGAUGGCACCAGCGCCAGCUCGACAGGCACGCAGAGCCCAGAGAUUUUUGGCAGCGAGCUUGGCUCCAAUGCGGCAUCGGCCUUUCAGCCUUACCAAGCAACAAGUGAAAUUGAGGUCACGCCGUCAGUCCUCCGUGCAAAUAUGCCUCUCCAUGUCCGACGCAGUAGUGACCCUGCCCUGAUUGGCCUCUCAACCUCUGUGAGUGACACAAAUUUUCCUCCAGAGGAGCCUUCUCGGAAGAACCCUACCAGGUGGUCCACAACAGCGGGCUUCCUCAAGCAGAACACCCCUGGCGUGCCCAGUGCUCAUGAGAGAAAGAAAGAUGAAAACUACAGAAGCCUACCACGAGAUACUAGUAGCUGGUCUAACCAGUUUCAGAGAGACAAUGCUCGUUCAUCGUUAAGUGCCAGUCAUCCCAUGGUGGACAAGUGGCUGGAGAGGCAAGAACAGGAUGAAGAUCGAACAGAGGAGGACAACAGCAGAGUUGAGCCUGUUGGACAUGCAGACACUGGUUUGGAGAACACUACCAGUUUUUCCUUGGAUGAUAUGGUAAAGCUCGUCGAGGUCUCCAAUGACGGCGGGCCUUUGGGAAUCCAUGUAGUGCCUUUCAGUGCCCGAGGCGGAAGAACGCUGGGGCUGCUGGUGAAGCGAUUGGAGAAGGGUGGAAAAGCUGAACAAGAAAACCUUUUCCGUGAGAAUGAUUGUAUUGUCAGGAUUAAUGACGGAGACCUGCGGAACAGGAGAUUUGAGCAAGCACAGCAUAUGUUUCGCCAAGCCAUGCGUACGCCGUUCAUUUGGUUCCACGUGGUCCCCGCGGCGAAUAAGGAGCAGUACGAGCAGUUGUCCCAGAGCGAGAGCAUGUUCUACUCCAGCCGCUUCAGCCCUGACUCCCAGUAUGCUGAUGGGAAAAGCAUGAACAAUUCUGGACUUCACACGUUACAGAGAAUGUCUAGAGCGGGUAACCACUCUGACCAGACAGACUCCUACUCACAGCUACCUCAUAGUGUCAACUCAUCAGGGAAACCACCCUCUGGCCUGGUACCGUCACCUCAGAAAGUUCUCACCUCCACUGUCAACAGUGGCUAUAACACCAAAAAGAUAGGGAAGAGGCUCAGUAUACAGCUAAGGAAAGGUACAGAAGGCUUGGGAUUUAGCAUUACUUCAAGAGAUGUCCCAAUUGGUGGCUCUGCUCCAAUUUAUGUGAAAAAUAUCCUUCCAAGAGGUGCAGCUAUUCAAGAUGGGAGAUUAAAAGCUGGAGACCGAUUAAUUGAGGUAAAUGGAGUUGAUUUAACAGGCAAAACUCAAGAAGAAGUUGUGUCCUUGCUGCGAAGUACCAAGAUGGGAGGAACCGUUGCCCUUUUGAUUUUCCGACAGGAAGAAACAUUCCAUCCAAGGGAACUGAAUGCAGAACAAAGCCAGUCACAAAUUCCAAAGGAAACGAAAGCAGAAGAAGAGGAGCUUGUCCUCACACCUGAUGGCACCAGAGAAUUCCUCACUUUUGAAGUUCCACUGAAUGACUCUGGGUCAGCUGGGCUUGGCGUGAGUGUCAAAGGUAACCGGUCAAAAGAAAACCAUGCCGAUUUAGGAAUCUUCGUCAAGUCCAUUAUUAAUGGUGGAGCAGCAUCCAAGGAUGGCAGGCUUCGAGUGAAUGAUCAACUAAUAGCAGUUAAUGGAGAAUCAUUAUUGGGCAAAACAAAUCAAGACGCUAUGGAAACCUUAAGGAGGUCCAUGUCCACUGAAGGGAACAAACGAGGAAUGAUUCAGCUUAUUGUGGCGAGGCGAAUAAGUAAAUGCAAUGAGCUGGAAUCACCUGGGAGCCCCUCCGGGCCAGAGCUGCCCAUAGAGACUCUGCUGGAUGACCGGGAGCGGAGGAUUUCCCACUCCCUCUACGGCGGGAUCGAGGGUCUCAGCGAGUCGCCCACAAAGAACGUGGCAUUGGGCAGGAUAAUGGGUAAAUAUCAGCUGUCUCCAACAGUGAACAUGCCCCAGGAUGACACUGUCAUUAUUGAAGAUGACAGGCUGUCAGUCCUUCCUCCUCAUCUCUCUGACCAGUCAUCAUCCAGUUCCCAUGAUGAUGUCGGGUUUGGCACUGUUGAUACUGGUGGAUGGGCUAAAGCUGCAAUUAAUGAGUCAACAGACUGCACUCUUAGUCCAGAUGUUGAUCCAGUACUUGCCUUCCAGCGAGAGGGUUUUGGACGCCAGAGCAUGUCAGAAAAGCGUACAAAGCAAUUUUCAGAUGCCAGUCAGUUGGAGUUUGUUAAAACACGAAAAUCCAAAAGCAUGGAUCUAGGUAUAGCUGACGAGACUAAGCUCAGUACAAUGGAUGACCAGAAAACAGGUUCCCCAACCAGAGAUGUGGGGCCUUCAUUAGGGCUGAAGAAAUCCAGCUCGUUGGAAAGCCUGCAGACAGCCGUGGCUGAGGUGACUCUGAAUGGGGACAUCCCUUUCCACCGCCCACGCCCACGAAUCAUCCGAGGACGAGGCUGCAACGAAAGCUUCAGAGCUGCCAUAGACAAAUCGUACGAUAAACCUGUAGCAGAUGAUGAUGAUGAAGGCAUGGAAACUUUGGAAGAAGACACAGAGGAGAGCUCAAGAUCUGGUAGAGAAUCUGUGUCCACAGCAAGUGACCAGCCAUCCCACUCAUUAGAGAGACACAUGAAUGGAAGCCAAGAUAAAGGUGACAGAAAAAAAACUGGAAAGGAAAAGAAGAAAGAUCGAGAUAAAGAGAAGGAUAAAAUUAAGGCAAAGAAAGGAAUGCUGAAAGGCUUAGGAGACAUGUUCAGGCAGUGGUGAUUAUGGCAGAUAGAUCACUUCUGUGAGUGACAAAGUCCAGAGAAGGCACCUGUGCAAGACCACCAUGGUUCAUACUCUGCCAGGCUGUCCACUGCUGGGAUGACCACUGAGCUUGCCAGAGAUGGGCACUGGGAAGUCUCCAGUCAGAGUGGGAACAGUGAGGCCACCCUCUGAAGUGCCUGGGGAAGAACCAGAGCUGUCUUCCAGAGACUUUAUCAGGAUGGUCCUCAGGGGCAGAAGGAACAUUAAUUCCUGGAUGAUUGGAAGAAAACCCUGAAAGAGAAGAAGGGUUGUUGCCACACCUUGCUCAUGACUCAAAGCAAACUGAGCCCUGGUGCUGCUCCAAGUGCUCCAUGUGAGGUGCCACCUCUGCCUCUGUGGGGAUGCACAUGAGCUCUGUGUGCUCUGGACCUGCGUGGUUGGAUCUGCAAAUUCAAACCUUUGAAUUCUGCUAGGUUUGAAUUACAUGUUAACAUUAGAAAUGCUCUCCUCACAAUCAUGCAGCCUGACCAGACAUUUACUAGAUUGCUUACAAUGAUUAUUAGAAAUUUCCUGUGUACUUAAUUUUUUUAAUAAGGUAUUGAUUUCACUAUAUAUCUGUUCAUACUUGCAAUGAAUUGAUUUAUGGUGGCAGAAAUUCUGUUUUGCUGCCAAAACCUAAUGGGCAAUAACUAAUUCAAUUUUUUUCUUCCCCCCUCUUCCCCCCAUUUUUUUUAAACAACUUUUUUUUUUUUUUCAAAAAUAAACUGGCUACUCCAGUGUUUGAUUCCUUUGCUUUAUCUGACAUUUUAAUUGGGUUGAGGAAGGACAGGAGAGUGACUCAAAUGUGAGCAUCCCAGAGAUGCUGUGCUAGAGUGUCACAUAUGCUGUUUGUCUCCUCACAGCUCUGCAUGUUCUGUCGGUCAGACCCAUGCUGCCACCUCAGGCACUCUCUGUUUAUCAGGGCAGAGUGGCUCAGUUCCACUGUUUUUCUGCCAAACUCCUCUCUGGGCUAGAGGUUUUAGGGCUAUUUUAUAUUAAGUAAUCUCUUUUGUCUGGUGUACAACAUCCAGAACUUGAUUUGAAUCUCUUGUGUCAUAUAUGUAAAUGCUUUGUAUAAUGGUUUUGAUUACUCUCCAAUAAAUAGGUGGAUGUUUUAAAAGAUACAUGUUGGUGUUUUGAAUUUAAGUUUCACAUUAUGAAAUUUAACAUUAUGAAAUCAGCGACUUUAACUUUGCACCCUAUUUUGCAUUUCUUAACCCCAUCAUGUCCUCUGCCUAUCCCCUUUUCAGGUGGUUAUUAAUAAACAGUUUUAGUUUUCAGAUGCCUGAAUUUCUUUGGAAAUGAGCAAUCUGUGUGGAGAACAGGCAAACAGUUUAAAGCUUAUGUACAUGCUCCUAUGCUGAAUUUUUGUGUUUUGGUUUUAAAGAGCUGCCCUAAGAGCUGUAAACAUCAUUACACAAUAUAAAUAAUAUCUCUUAAUUGAAUGGCCAGAAAUUAAUCAUUCUGCAGGGUUUCUGUGUGGUGUACUUCAACCCACACAAUGGCUUUGUCCUAGAAUCAAAAGGCACAAAUGGGAAAAUAUUAUAAAUACCUGGUGAACUCGAAAUAUUUUAAAGAUGUUACAUUAAUGGGUCAGAAGGAAGCUUUUAGAACUCUGUGAUUUAUUUCACUGUCCAUGAGCAUUUGUGGUGUCCUGUUGGCACUACUGCUAGACAUGUUUGAUUGCAAGUCUCAGUGCUUUAAUUUCACUUUUGAUGGGAACCUGAGUGUGAAGUGCCACAGUGUCAGUCAGCUCUCAGAUCAGCAUUUGGUAUAAAAAAAGUAAAAUUCUUGCUGCUUUUGGUGUGAUAAAUGAUGCCACAUUUAAUUGGUAUAUAUACUGUUUAACAGACACGUGUUAGCUCUUCUGCCUUAAAUAGAAAAUUUUCAUCUAAAGUUUAGAUCUAUUUAAAGGUUAUUUUAAAGUGUUUGUUUGGUUCGCUCUGUAUGAAAGUCAUUCCUUCCAGAAUAGGUCAGGAAUGUCUUAAGAAAUAGGAAUAAUUUUGUCCUAAUAAUAACUGAGUAUCUCAAAUGCCAAAUUCUUCACUCCCUGAAAGUUUAAAGAAAACAGUGGAAUGUGCAAAUAUGGAAGAAACUUAAUAAAUUUGAAAUGUAGCCUUUAGAGGGGAAGAGAAGAUGUGAGGAGGGCAAACCCUGGGUUUGCAGCCCACGUCUCUGUCUAGGGCAGCCCAGACAGCUCCAUCCCUCCAUUUACCCUCCCACACUGGAACACCCUUGGCAAAAGAGUCGUGAGUAAUAAAGUUUAAAUGAGAACCCCUGGUGCUGGAAAAGAAUAAAUUGACAGUUCUGAAUGGUGUCCUCUGUGUGGUGAAAUGGCCCUUGUGGGAUGUGGGGGCCGGUGCUGCCCUGGGACCUGCCAGACCUGCAGCUCCCUCUCUCCUCUCCAAAGCAGGGAAGCCUUUGCUCAAUGCAAACCUGAGCUGUGUCCUUGGGCAGAGAUGCUGUUCUAAAACAUGGUUUGACUGUCUGUUUAAGAAUAGCGGCCCCAAAAUCCUGGCAUAAAAGAGAAAUAUGGUCCAAUUAUCAUUUUUUUGUUUGUUCUGUUCUUCAGUGAGGAAUUCUAUAAACUUUUAAGAGGAGUGAAAUGAAAAUAAAAAUUAAAAAAAACUUAUGUAAAAAAACCAACAACCCAGAAGCAGCCUGAAAAUACUAAAAAUUGAGAUUUUGAGGUCAUUGCACUUUCCCUUCCUGGUUUCCCAGCAGUCCUUCUUGGAGAACUCUCUUUGUCAUGGAAGUAGGAAAAUACAGUUUUGUUCAUGUGACAAGUUAGAUUCUU